AGCCUCUCCCUCCCCACAAUCCUGGGAGUGCCGCUCUGAAUUAAGAUUUCACUGUUAAGCAGAGCCAAGCAACAAAGAGAAAUGCGCAGUAAGUUAACGCAGUGAUGGGAUACAGGGUAUCGACGCGGUUGGUUACUUUAGCCUGGUUGGUCUGGAAGGAUCAGUUGGAUACAUUUGAGCUGAGACUUCAACAAACAGGGGCCAGCCAGCCGGGGGGAAGUACAGCAGGAACUCAGGAGGCGGGGUAUCUGUGGUAGCGUGAGCCCAGAAAUGUUCCCCGAGAAACGACUGAAAUGAUGAUGAGAAGCAGCAGGCAGGCUCCAUCCUCAUCUUCGGCAAAUGGGGAGCGAAGGAGGGAGCACGAGUCGGGCGAGAAGGACCUUUCAGGAGCCACACUUAGAAAAAGUGGUGGGUGGCUGAGCGCAGAGCGAGAGCAGCAGAGGUGAAGCAGCGAGGCGUGCGUCUCUCCUCUCCCCAUCCCGGCCGCGCCCAGCCCAGGAAUCUUACCCAUCUUCUUCACCGAUAUGGUUUGUGGACUCUGAUGACCCAAAUCUGGCAUCGGUUCUGGAACGCUUAGAGGACACUAAGAACAACAAUUUGCUUCGUCAGCAAUUGAAGUGGUUGAUAUGUGAACUCUGCAGAUUAUAUAACCUUCCUAAGCACCUGGAUGUUGAGAUGCUAGAUCAACCACUACCCACGGGUCAGAAUGGGACAACUGAAGAGGUAACUUCAGAAGAGGAAGAGGAGGAAGAGAUGGCUGAAGAUAUAGAAGACUUGGAUCACUAUGAGAUGAAGGAAGAAGAGCCUAUUAAUGGGAAAAAGUCAGAGGACGAAGGAAUUGAAAAAGAAAAUUUGGCAAUAUUGGAGAAAAUUAGGAAGACUCAAAGGCAAGACCAUUUAAAUGGUGCAGUGUCUGGGUCGGUACAAGCAUCAGAUAGACUCAUGAAGGAGCUCAGGGAUGUCUACAGAUCACAGAGCUACAAGGCAGGGAUUUAUUCAGUGGAACUAAUAAAUGACAGCUUAUAUGACUGGCAUGUCAAACUACACAAGGUUGACUCUGAUAGUCCUUUGCACAGUGAUCUUCAGAUCUUAAAAGAAAAAGAAGGCAUAGAAUAUAUUUUGCUUAACUUCUCUUUUAAGGAUAAUUUUCCAUUUGAUCCUCCAUUUGUUCGAGUGGUGUUACCUGUUCUCUCAGGAGGGUACGUGUUGGGUGGAGGAGCGUUAUGUAUGGAACUUCUUACAAAACAGGGCUGGAGCAGCGCCUACUCUAUAGAAUCGGUCAUCAUGCAGAUCAACGCCACCUUGGUGAAAGGCAAGGCCCGAGUGCAGUUUGGAGCAAAUAAGAAUCAGUAUAAUCUAGCACGGGCCCAACAAUCCUAUAAUUCCAUUGUACAGAUACAUGAGAAAAAUGGCUGGUAUACACCUCCAAAGGAAGAUGGCUAACUACGUUGACAUAUGUCUGGACCAAUGUUGCUUUAAAGAAAAUCGUUCCAACGUGCAGACAUAAGCUUUUGAGUGCCCGUAUAACAGCAGUACCGAAGACAUUAGCUAAUAGAUCAUUUAGUGGAUAAUCUGUCAACUGACAUCCAGAUACAGCCUUUUCAUUUUGCUCACUUUAGGUAUCUUGGACUGAACAGUGGGGCCUUUACUGUAUUUUUCCUGAUAAGUACACACAAUAGCCACUCCCUACCACCUCUUUCUUGAAAAGUGAAAUCUUUUAAGCAAGCAGGGAAGUCAGCAUCAGUUUACUGCAGCUGUGAAUUUACAGUAACCUUCAUAUAUUGAGCCUAUGGGGUAUGAAGAUUUGCAAAAUCCUGUUCAUUUAGAGCCAAUAAAAGUUUAACUGAUGGUCAAUACUGGUUUAGGAAUUUUAGGUCUUCUAAACCAUAGUGUUUUCAGGUCUGAAAUCUUUUUAUUGCCAAAAUUAUGACAGGAAGCCUCUUCAUUAAAUUGUUAACUUUUUCAUGGUUGUGUGAAGGUUUAAACUGUUUCUGGAAGUAUGAUCUUAGUUGUAUUGUAUCAUAUUAGGUAAAGCAAAGUGAGCCAGCCAUUUGUGAGCAGUAAUUUCCACUGGGAUGGCAGAGUCCUGCUGGGCUCAACCUGCCUCCUGUUGGUUCAACAUUUCUUGGGAAGAGCCACAAUGUAGAGCCUGAAGUUCUAAAGUAUGAGGUCAUUUUACCUUCCCACUUAUUAACGGGGUGUUGCAAUUGUUGAUAAACUAAUAAACUUGUCAAGUGAUUGGCACAAAGACAGACUCCUUGAGCAGAAGUAUAAAAGACACCUAAAAUUGGAGACCCUGAGAUUUUUUGCUGUAGUCAUCCAGUGGCUUUUACAUCAGAAGACCAGUAGGGAUUCAGCAUAUGUUAAUUCUUUUAUAAAAUGUGACACAAAUCAAUGUACUUCCCAUUUUUUGCCUUAUGUGAAUCAGUCCUCUUUGGUUGGUAAUAGUUUUUUUUUUUUAAUUCUGAAUUUGAUUUAAGUAUAAACUCUAGCUAUUAAGCACUUUUAAAAAAGAAACCCAGAAGCACAUUUUCCUGCACAAACCAGUACAAAGUUUUGUUUCUUUUUUUUUUUUUUUUUUUUUUUGCUUUUUGAGAUAGGGUUUCUCUGUGUAACAGCUCUGGCUGUCCUGGAACUUGCUUUGUAGACCAGUCUGGCCUCGAACUCACAGAGGAGUGCUGGGGUCAAAGGCGUCUACCACUACUGCCCAGCUCAAAAGGUGUUUCUUAUACACUUGAUUUGUGAUUCUUUUUUUUUUUUUUUUUUAACUUUGUAAGCCACAUUCAGGAAACUUGGCACUUGUGCAUUUUGUGUGUGUUUUUAAUUUCUCCUGAUUCUGUUCUGUUGGUUAAGAGGACAGGUGAAGAUACCUGGUAUUCUUGCUCCCUUGGUUACCUUCAAAUGAUUCCAGUGCUCAGAUAACAAGUGACAAGGCAGAAUUAAUUCCUCAAAGCAUUAUAAAGUUCCUUAAGCCUAAGGCAGAAUCUUGAAUACAUUGUUGAAUUCUUUCAUAUCCUCAUGGCUAGCAGAUUGACAGCUGCACAUUUGGCAUGCUUUGUUUUUUGGAUUUUAUUUUUCAUUGCAGAUUUAUUUGGCAAUGUACAGUAAAUUUUGUAAACUUGCAUCAAGUUUAUGAAUAAAGAACCAUUUAAAAAUU